GCCGAGGACACCAGAAGCGGGGUGCAGCUAGUGAGUGGGCGGUGCCGUCGCGUGGAAGGACGGGAGAAGGGCGGAGCGGCGGUAUGGCGCAUGCGCCCGGUGCAGAUUUUAUCCUGAUGGCUGAGUCCAAACCACUCCUGUCCCUUGAUGGUGAUCCCAUGGCUGCAGAAGCCUUGCUCCGGGAGGUGUUUGGGAUUGUUGUGGAUGAGAUCAUUCGGAAAGGGACCAGUGCCUCUGAGAAGGUCUGCGAGUGGAGGGAGCCGGAGGAGCUGAAGCAGCUGCUGGAUUUGGAGCUGCGGAGCCCCGGGGAGUCACAGGAACAGAUCCUGGAGCGGUGCCGGGCUGUGAUCCGCUACAGCGUAAAGACCUGUCACCCACACUUCUUCAACCAGCUCUUCUCAGGUUUGGAUCCCCAUGCUCUGGCUGGGCGCAUUAUCACCGAGAGCCUCAACACCAGCCAGUACACUUAUGAAAUAGCCCCUGUGUUUGUACUCAUGGAAGAAGAAGUGCUGAAGAAACUCCGGGCGCUGGUGGGCUGGAGCUCUGGGGAUGGGGUCUUCUGUCCUGGUGGCUCCAUCUCCAACAUGUAUGCUGUGAACCUGGCCCGUUAUCAGCGCUACCCAGAUUGCAAGAGGAGGGGCCUCCGGGCAUUGCCACCCCUAGCCCUCUUCACAUCAAUGGAGUGUCACUACUCCAUCAUGAAGGGAGCUGCUUUUCUGGGACUUGGCACCGACAGUGUCCGAGUGGUCAAGGCAGAUGAGAGAGGGAAGAUGAUCCCUGAGGACCUGGAGAGGCAGAUCAAUCUGGCUGAGGCUGAGGGACUCUGCCGAGACCUGCGGGCAGGAUUGGACCCCGAGGGGGGGGACUUGGUUGGGCAGCUUAAGGAAGAGCCAGCUGACCCAGAUUUUUUGUGCCCACCCAGGGCUGACUCCGUGACCUGGAAUCCCCACAAACUCCUCACAGCAGGCCUGCAGUGCUCAGCUCUUCUUCUCCGGGAUACCUCGAACCUGCUCAAGCGCUGCCACGGGUCCCAGGCCAGCUACCUCUUCCAGCAGGACAAGUUCUAUGAUGUGGCCCUGGACACGGGAGACAAGGUGGUGCAGUGUGGCCGCCGUGUGGACUGUCUGAAGUUGUGGCUCAUGUGGAAGGCACAGGGCGGGCAAGGGCUGGAGCGGCGUAUCGACCAGGCCUUUACCCUUGCCCGGUACUUGGUGAAGGAAAUGAAGAAGCGGGAAGGAUUUGAGUUGGUCAUGGAGGUGGCCCCAGUACUCAAGGAGCGCAUGGUGAAGGAGGGCUCCAUGAUGAUUGGCUACCAGCCCCAUGGGACCCGGGGCAACUUUUUCCGUAUGGUCAUGGCCAACCCUGCACUGACCCAGGCUGAUAUGGACUUCCUCCUCAAUGAGCUGGAAAGGCUAGGCCAGGACCUCUGAGCCUCCUCCUUCUGGCUGCUGGCCUUGACACCCCCCUCACCUCACUGGCUCUGUGUAUUUCCUCCCUAUGUUCUCAAGAACAGCCUUUCUAGGAAACAGUGGCUGUAACAUUUAUAUGCCUUGACCCACUAACUCUCCUAUUAAGUAUUUGAUAUUAGGAGAAUGUUUAAAUAAACUAUAGUAUAUCCUUAUGA